CCAGCGGUGACGUCAGUGGCGAGGCUAGCAACAGUUGCCUCGAAACCCCGCGCGAGGAGGCGCCAUAGUGACCGUAGCCCUGGAGACUGUUACUUGCCAACGGGAGCCGCACGCAGCCCCGGCCGAUCGAGCCCAGCGUAGCCCGGCCAGCCCGGCGGGGAGGAGGGCAGAGCCCAGUAUGCAGAGUUCAGAGGGCGGCUCCGAAUCCACGACUCCCGUGGCCCUGCGAACGUCAGCUGCCGUCCAAGCCCCGGUGGUUCAGCCAGUUCCCGCAUCGCAGCAGAGAGUUCUGGUGCAGACUACGGGCUCCGCUCCCAAAGGGGCCCAAAUGCAGCAGCUGACGGUGCCCCGAGUCCAGCAGGUCCCUCAACAGGUACAAACUGUACAACAUGUCUACCCGGCCCAGGUCCAGUACGUGGAAGGAGAGACCAUCUACACCAAUGGAACCAUACGCACUGCCUAUUCGUACAGCACCGAAGCUCAGAUCUAUGCCCCGAGCAGCGCCUCGUCCUAUUUUGAGUCGCAGGGGGGCAGCUCCCAGGUGAGCACGGCAGCCUCCUCGCCCACCGGCAUCCCGUCCCACAGCAUGGUGGGCAUCGCGAUGGACAUCGGGGGAAGCCAGAUUGUCUCCGGCUCGGGUGCUUAUCUCAUUCACGGCGGGAUGGAGAAUGCUCGGCAUGCCCUCUCGCACACCUCACGCUCUUCUCCGGCAACGCUUGAAAUGGCGAUUGAAAACCUCCAAAAAAACGAAGGCAUAACGUCACACAAAAGCAGCUUGCUGAACAGCCAUCUUCAGUGGCUGCUGGAUAACUACGAGACGGCGGAAGGCGUCAGCCUGCCGAGAAGCUCCCUCUACAACCACUACCUGCGCCACUGCCAGGAGCACAAGCUGGACCCAGUCAACGCCGCCUCCUUCGGGAAGCUGAUCCGCUCCGUCUUCAUGGGGCUGAGGACCCGCCGGCUCGGCACGAGGGGUAACUCCAAAUAUCAUUACUACGGCAUCCGCCUCAAACCGGACUCCCCCUUAAAUCGCUUGCAGGAAGAUACCCAGUACAUGGCCAUGAGGCAGCAGCCUGUCCACCAAAAACAAAGAUACAGACCGGCCCAGAAGUUGGACGGCGUGGCUGAGGGGGGCUCCAACAGCAGCCUGCAUGCCACUCCGGAGCAGUCAGUCGCCGCUCAGAGUCAGCAUCACCAGCAGUUCAUAGAUGUGACCCGCGUCCUUCCGGAUUUCCCAGCCCUCGACUUGGAAAACGCUCUUCUGCAGGAGGGGAUUGCUACCAACGACCUCAAGUCCCUUCAGCUGCUUUACAGGCGCCAUUGCGAGGCCAGUGUGGACGUGGUAACAAACCUCCAGUUCCACUAUAUCGAGAAGCUUUGGCAAUCUUUCUGGAACUGCAAGUCCCCCACUAGUGAAGCCGUAUCCUCCAUCCCUGCCAGCGAAGAGCCAUGCGAGGCCAUCGUCCCGAGGCACAAGCUGAUCACCAUGUGCAAAUAUGACCCCAUCAUGAAAUGGAUGCGAAGCUGUGACCACAUCUUGUACCAGACCCUGGUGGAGAUCCUCAUCCCUGAAGUGCUGCGGCCCGUGCCCAGCACCCUGACACAAGCAAUCCGUAAUUUUGCCAAGAGCUUGGAAGGCUGGCUCAUCAGCGCCAUGAGUGAGUUCCCCCAGCAGAUUGUUCAGACAAAGGUCAGCGUGGUGAGCGCCUUCGCGCAGACCCUGCGGCGGUACACCUCUCUCAACCACCUGGCUCAAGCGGCACGUGCCGUCCUCCAGAACACCUCCCAGAUCAACCAGAUGCUCAGCGACCUCAACCGGGUAGACUUUGCGAACGUCCAGGAGCAAGCCUCGUGGGUUUGCCAGUGUGAAGAAGGCCUGGUCCAGAAGCUAGAGCAGGAUUUCAAGCUGACCCUCCAGCAGCAGAGUUCUUUGGACCAGUGGGCCAGCUGGCUCGAUAGCGUCGUGACCCAGGUGCUGAAGCAGCAUGAAGGGGGACCCAGCUUCCCGAAGGCAGCCCGGCAGUUUUUGCUGAAGUGGUCCUUCUACAGUUCCAUGGUGAUCCGAGACCUCACCCUGCGGAGCGCCGCGAGUUUUGGCUCCUUCCACUUGAUCCGUCUGCUCUAUGACGAAUACAUGUUUUACCUGGUGGAGCACCGAGUGGCCCAAGCCACGGGAGAGACGCCGAUUGCGGUGAUGGGAGAGUUCAGUGACCUUGCCUCUUUGUCCCCUGCGCUCCUGGAUAAAGAUGACAUCAGCGACCUCGGCAGCGAGGUGGAAGCCGAUACCCGGACCCCCGGCGAGCCACUAGUCAAGCGCGAACGCAGCGAUCCCGGCCCCUCGUUGCAGGAGAUCUAGAGUCGAGAGAACCGUGAGGGGGAACUGGCAAUUUGCUCUGACCCUGCAACGAUUCCAAAGCUUUCCCGGGAUUCCAGUGCCUGGAGUUCCGAUUCCUCCACAAUUUUAGUGCCUCCUAGUUUUUGUCUUAAAUGUUUACUUGUCUUUGCAGAGGUGGUGAUGGUGAUGAGGGCUGGCGGGCUGGCUUUGGUGGAUACAGCUGCCUGCGGCGCGAACUGCGGUCCGUCGUCAGCAGAGCAGAAGGCCCGCUUGUCCACUCCGAUGACCCUUCAGCCCCUUCCUCGCAGGCGACGCUGCUCGCUCGCUCUUGCACUCUCUUUCUCUCUCUCUGCCUUAAUUGAUUCGAUGGAUUGCGGGACUGUUCGAGAACUGUGAGGGCGGGGUGGGUAGGAAGUGGGGGCAGCCAUGGCAGCGACUGAAAACCCUUUUAAGUUUCCCCCAAGCACCACUGUGAUACAGACCCGCUUGAGUCCUUGCAGAACCUGUCCCUCUCGAUUGCGCCUCAUGGGGGCAGCGAUGGGGUGUCUCGUCCCCACCCCCAACCCCUUUAUUUGCCAAAUAAAUUUACACUGUGGGAGA